UCAUUUUGUUAUUGCCGAAACGUCUGGAGAAACUACAAAGCUUCAUUUUUAUCUCAUCUCUUUGAUAUAGAUGGAGCUGGAUGUCCUAAGACCUGGUUAACAUUCAAUGGCAACUGCUAUUCUUUUGUAGACACGAGGCUAAACUGGUUCAGGGCUACUAACGCUUGCAAAGAAAAGAGCGCAAUCUUAGUUGAUAUAACAUCGACAGCCGAGGAUGAUUUUGUAAGACACACUGUACAACAUCUUCAUGCACACGAAGACCCAGAUGCCAUUGGUUACUGGAUAAGCGGUAACGACCUUGCAGUUGAAGGUCAUUGGGUGUGGGGCUAUCCAAAUGACAUUCCCAUGGCGUAUGCGGACUGGAGACAUGGAGAACCAAACAACCGUGACGCCAAUAAAAUGCCUGAAGACUGUGCCAUUUUGUGGGGACGCUACAACUACACGUGGAAUGACAUAACUUGCUACUCUGAGGAAUAUUACAUCUGCAAACAGGAAGAGAGCCAUGAAGUUGUUGGGUAGUGUGCAAUGGUGUUCAAUUUGAAAUUCUA